GGCAACCCGGCCCGCGGGGUCGGCACCAGCGGGCUGCUGAGGUGGCUGUCGCCCGCUCGGAGCGGCGGCUUCCCGGGUCGAGCCCCCGAUGGAGGCCGGGGCCGCGGAUGGCCCCUCGGGCGGGGUGGAGGAGGCGCUCAGCUGCUUCUCUUUCAACCAGGACUGCACAUCCCUCGCGAUUGGAACCAAAUCUGGUUAUAAGCUGUUUUCUUUGAGCUCCGUGGAGCAGCUGGACCCCGUCCACGGAAGCAAUGACAUCCCCGACGUCUGCAUCGUGGAGCGCCUCUUCUCCAGCAGCCUGGUGGUGGUGGUGAGCCACACGAAGCCUCGUCAGAUGAACGUCUACCACUUCAAGAAGGGCACGGAGAUCUGCAGCUACAGCUACUCCAGUAACGUCUUGUCCAUCAGGCUGAACCGGCAGAGGCUGCUCGUUUGCCUGGAGGAGUCCAUUUACAUUCACAACAUUAAAGACAUGAAGCUUUUGAAGACCAUCCUGGAUAUUCCUCCAAACCCGACAGGUCUGUGUGCCCUGUCCAUCAACCAUUCCAAUUCCUACGUGGCCUAUCCUGGGAGCCGGACGACAGGCGAGAUCGUGCUCUACGACGGACACGCCCUGAAGACAGUCUGCACCAUUGCUGCCCACGAGGGGGCGCUGGCCGCCAUUGCCUUCAACGCCUCGGGCUCCAGACUGGCCAGCGCCUCCGAGAAAGGCACUGUCAUCCGGGUGUUCUCGGUUCCCGAUGGGCAAAAGCUCUAUGAGUUUCGGAGAGGCGUGAAAAGGUAUGUGACGAUCAGCUCUCUGGCUUUCAGCAUGGACUCGCAACUCCUCUGUGCUUCGAGCAACACGGAGACGGUGCACAUCUUCAAGCUGGAGCACCUCGCCAACAGCCAGCCAGAGGAGCCCUCGACCUGGACCAGCUACGUGGGAAAGAUGCUCAUGGCUGCGACCAGCUACCUCCCCACCCAGGUGUCUGACAUGAUGAACCAGGACAGGGCCUUUGCCACUGGGCGCCUGGGCUUCUCUGGGCACAGGAACAUCUGCACCCUCUCUACGAUCCAGAAGCUGCCGAGGCUCCUGGUGGCAUCAUCCAGUGGACACCUUUACAUCUACAACUUGGACGCUCAGGACGGAGGAGACUGCGUCUUGAUCAAGACCCACAGCUUGCUUGGCUCAGGAACUGCCGAUGAGAAUAAAGAAAAUGACCUCAGAGCUUCAUUACCUCAGUCUUAUGCAGCAACUGUAGCCAGACCGAGCCCAUCUGCAGCCUCCACGGUGCCAGGUUAUUCUGAGGAUGGCGGGGCGCUCCGAGGAGAGGUCAUCCCCGAACACGAGUUUGCAACGGGACCAGUGUGUCUUGAUGAUGAGAAUGAGUUCCCCCCUAUAAUCUUGUGCCGUGGCGAUCAGAAGGGCAAAACGAAGCAGUCAUGGUGA